GGCGGCACCGCCGCGCUGGUUCCCGGAAAGCCCGGCUCCCAGUUUCGAUUCUGGGCACGGAGCAGCCGGGCCAUGGCAGCGCUGACCCGGGAGCUGUCCGAGCCGGGGAUGGCGGGGCUGGAGGAGGAACUGACCUGCUCCAUCUGCCUCUGCCUGUUCAGCAGCCCCGUGACCAUUCCCUGCGGGCACAACUUCUGCGCCUCCUGCCUGGAGCUCACCUGGGCCGGGCUGGCGGGGAACUUCAGCUGCCCGCAGUGCCGCGCCACCUUCGCGGGCCGCCCGCAGCUGCAGAAGAACACGGUGCUGUGCCGGGUGGUGGAGCAGCUCCAGGGCUGCGCCGGGGCCAAAGCUGAAGCCGAAGCCGAGGAGCAGGUGGUGAGAUAUGAGGAAGACACAUCCCCCAUCUUGUGCGACAGCUGCCAGCAGGCCCCGGCCGUGCAGACCUGCCUGACCUGCACCGCAUCCUUCUGCCCCGAGCACCUGCGGCCCCACCGGGACAGCCCGGCCUUCCGCGACCACCAGCUCUGUCCGCCCCUGCGUGACCUGCAGCAGCGCAAGUGUCCGCAGCACAACAAGCUCUUCGAGUUCUUCUGCAGCCAGCAUGGCAGCUGCAUCUGCUCCCUCUGCCUGCUGGGGCACAAGCUGUGUCACACCAGCCCCCUGCAGAUGGCCAAAGCCAACUUCGAGUCGGUGCUGAAGAAGAGACUGGUGGAGCUGCACAAUCAGAGUGAGAAGACUGCUCGAGCGAUGAACCUUGUGAAAACGAGGCAAAACCAAGUUACUGAGGCGGCUUCCAGAAAGACUGAUUUGAUCAGAAUUGAGUUUUCGGAAAUUAAAGCUCUAAUUGAAGAAAGAGAAAAUCAGACCUUAAAAGUAAUCGCAGAUGAAGAAAAAAGAGUUAGCAACAAGUGUGAUUACAUUUAUGGCAUUCUGACAAGUAAGAAGAAUGAAAUUCAGUCUCUCAGAGAUCAGAUUGAGAUGGCACUGACUGAAGGUGAUGACAUUCUGUUUUUGAAGAGAGCAGCAUCACUGCAACGAACAUCAACAAAAGAUGCUUAUGUUCCCGCAAUUGAUAUGGACCAGAACUUGAUACAUUCCACUUACCAGUCUGCCAUUAACCUUAAAGAUGUGGUGAAGCUUUCAGUGACUCAAUGCAGGGAGGCGAGAGCAGAAGCAAAACUAACACCUGAGAAAACGAGGCCCCGUCCAGCGCCUUCUCCAAACAGAGCCGCUGUUCAGAAAAAGCCUCUGGCACCGCAGCAUACCCGCAGAGAGAAACCCCUUCACCACACUCAAGCCACUUCACAGACAGAGGCAGAUACCAACAAGAAAAAGAAAGCUGAUAAAGUGGCACCAGCCCCAGCAGCACCAGCCCCCGCAGCACCAGCCCCCGCAGCACCAGCCCCCGCAGCACCAGCCCCCGCAGCACCAGCCCCCGCAGCACCAGCCCCCGCAGCACCAGCCCCCGCAGCACCAGCCCCAGCAGCACCAGCUGCUGCAGCUGCCGUUGCAACUAAAGAGCUUCUUGACAGCUUUCUGAAGAAAUCCAGAGAGGAGCUUCUGCAGUAUGCUGCUAACAUCACACUGGAUUACAACACAGCUAAUAACAAAGUGAUGCUGUCUGAGAGAUAUACCAAGAUGUCUGUCUCAGACACCCCCCUGAAUUACAACCACCACCCUCAGCGCUUCACCGACUAUUCCCAAGUGCUGGGGUUCCAGUGCUUCAGGAGAGGCAUCCACUACUGGGAGGUGGAACUGCAAAAGAACAGCUUCUGCGGCAUCGGCGUCUGCUACGGCAGCAUGGACCGGCAGGGGCCCGAGAGCCGGCUGGGCAGGAACAGCCGUUCUUGGUGUAUCGAGUGGCUUAACACCAAAAUAUCAUCCUGGCACAAUGAUGUUGAGAAGUGCUUACCCAGUACAAAGGCUACUAAGAUUGGUGUGCUGCUCCACUGUGAGGGAGGCCUUGUGAUUUUCCUGGCUGUCGGGGAGAAGCAUAACUUGAUCUAUAAAUUCAAAACCCAGUUUACUGAAGCCUUGUACCCCGCCUUCUGGGUGUUUUCCAGUGGCGCUGUCCUCUCUCUGUGUGAAAUGAAAUAGUAAGGCCUCGUUUGCCUAGGUAAUUACAUGCAAAUAAUCAGUCCUGCAGCAAAUCUUUGUAUGUCUUAGUCUAAGAGGUCUAUGAGACAAAAAUCAUUAGCUCUUUUAAUUACUUUGCAAUAUGCACUCAUUAUUUGAUCUGAAUUGCUAAAGCCUUUAGAUAGUGAUUUAGUAAAAUGUUGACAGUAGUAAAAACUAUGAUGAAAGGCUUUGCAAAGCUCUUGAUGGUCAUUCUAAAAGCAAAGUUAUGAUACAAUCAAUUGUUAAAUGUCUUCAGUAGCUGCUGUGGCCUCUGUGGUCUGCUGUAAAGGAUCCCCAGAAUUAAUUGUCAGGUCCAAAUGUGUUUCACAGGUAGCGAUGAUCCCUUUGAGAAAGAAACAGGAAAGAAUUCCUUGACAAGUUCGGGUUCCAGGCUUUGAGGUAGGGCUCAGUGUUGCUUUUUUCUCUGUACACAGACUGUUGUCUGUAGUCAGGAGUUGCAACACGGAUGUUCUCAGUGUAUGAUUCCAUGAGAUGGUACAGAACGAACUAUUAAAAUCAUGAGUUCAGGUCUUAUGGCACUGAAGUUAUAAAAGCCAAUGUGGCCGAUCUCAUCUGAGUGGACAUGCAGAAAGUGUUAGAGUUGAUGGAUAAGAAAUGGUGUCUGAAUCACCAGGAAAUAAAUGGCAUUGACUUGGAGGUUGGGAAUAUGGCAGAGAAUCUUCAGGAAGACAUCCUGCAGAGCAGGACUGUGCACCCUGGAAUAGUUUGUGGGAUGAAGCAUUGGCUCCUGUUCUGACCCAGAGUAGUUAAUGCUUCACAUCUUCACACUGAAGGCUCUUCAGUGUUGUUUUUGUGUGUGUGCUGCAGAGUUCAGGGAGUGCAUUUCUGGUUUGUGUAGGGAGCAUAAAUGUGCUCUUCACUUAAAGCAGGGUCUCCUGUCACUAAGCUUUUCCUCUUCAUGAGGCAGGAUAUUCUCUGCUGGUGUGUCUUCACUUGUUUGGGUGGUAGAAACUGGAUUUCCUAUGUGUUAUUGGGACUCCAAUUUGAGGAGACUCGAUACAUUGCACACAAUACCUAGAAAAUGCUGGCUCCUCUCUGCAUGAAGCCUGUGGACAGACAGAUGAGUCUCUUGAAACACGCAGGGAAUUAGCACAAAGGAGAAUAUACAUCCAUUCCCUCUGGGAUGGCUUUUAGUUCUCUUGGUGUUCUUUGCUGUGGUUUGUGGUAUGUCUUCAGAAGUCCUUGCCAUGUACAGGGGACUCUGUACUUGUGCAUUUCUUACUUACAAUUUUAAACCAAGCAGCAGGCAAUCAAGGUGUUUGGAUCUCCUACGCUUUGGGCCUGUAUCUUGUUGAUGCCUCUGGAGUCACCAUGCCAACUCGUAUUUCUUGUAGUAGCCCACAAAGAACAGAGAAGCUCACACCAGAGACUUCCUGGACUUUGAUUUGUAGAACUCCCUGUUAUGGGACUUUCUGAAAUAAAACAAAAAGCUACUGCUGGCAGUUUGGAUUGGAAUUGUUAGAAGGCUCGAAAGAACCUCUCUGACUACAUUUCAUACUAGCCAAAGUGCUUUAAGAGGGAGACUUGCAGGAAUUCAGGCUUGGUGUCUCUAUUUUUACUUGGUUUGCAAACUCAGUACUUUGUCCAGGAUAGCAGAAGUCUGAUAAGUCGCUUCCAUUUCUUUGGUCGGAAGAGGAUAUGGAAUCGAUGGUGGACCGUGGCUGUCUUUGGAGUGGUUGUACUGUCUCACAGUCUCAACACUGAAGCCACCAGACUAAGCAGAACACUUCAAAAGGUGCAGAAGGACCAUGUGUCCUGCUCGGAGCCAACGAGUGCAAAACUUGUUUCCUGCAUUUCGAGUUUUUCAGCAGUGAGGGACAAGAGCGGUUUCCUCUGAGAAAUCCCAUCCCUCGCUUGUCUGUGCCACCGGCCGCAGAGCGCUGGAGGAGCAGCGUCCCCUUGUUCUGGGGAAAAACCUGCUCUGGUGGGUUGUGCCGUGGAGAAAGUCCAUGUUUCCAUUGCUUGCUUCUUGACUUCAGAGGGGUUCAUAGUAACCUCUGAGUCUAUGGGCUCGUUUAGCCAUAGUCUGGAACAAUACUCAAGCAAAGUAAGGAAGAGCUUUUAUUCCACUGCGUUGGACAAGGUUGGAUUCUUUAAAUGUGACACUGCAACAGCUGGAUUACCACAGGCAGUGCAACGAGCCUGCCGCUGGGUUCCCGACUCUCCCGCUUGUUUCUGUUGUGCUCUGAAUGACUAGAAAUGACAGAAUGAGUUUGUUAAUUUGAAAUGAAAUGAGAAAAGCAUAACUGAGUUGCCACAUUUCUGAAGACUUAUUUUGGUUAGCGUCGGAUAUCCUGGAUAGAUCAAAACGUUGGUGUGACAUAACGUUAGAAACAAAUAAUAGUUAGAGCACUCCUACAACUGGAGUGUUUAUACUCAGCCAGUAACUAUCAAAGCUGUAACAGUUUUAAACAAAAUGUAGGUACAAGCAUAUUUUUUAAUUAUAUUUCUCUUUUUAGUACUAUAAAGAACCCAGUUUAUCCAGUCUAGAAAAAGAACUGAUAAAGCCCUGAGCACGGCAAAUGAUUUGCAUGUUAAUGUACAAGUGAGAGUAAACAGAGAAACACCAAAUAAACUAAUCUGUUUAAUCUUUUUUUCAAUGAAACAAUCAGUAAAAACACUUGUUAGAAAAAUAAAUGCUUAUAUAAUCAUAAACUUGUUGAUUAUACUGAUAUAUCAGUACAUAUACUGUAUGUUACCUUAUAUAGAUGUGCCAGCCAGACAUCCUUGUCAGAGCAAUAGACAUAGACGUUGCACCAUCUGUUUUAUGACUGUGCCUGCAACUGUUUUAGAAGUUGACUGAUCUUGAUCUUUUCAGCUGUAAAGUGAAUGAAUUGUGAUAUUUUGAACUCAAUAAAUAUUAAUGGUAAACCUUAA